ACUAUCUGAGUGUACUAUCGAGAAUUAAGAGUUGAUAGAGAAGUAUUACGGUAAAAGUAGACUAUCUGAGUGUACUGAAAAUUAAAAGCAGUGUUACAAGUUGACUGAAUGCACCGAGCUUGUCAAACUGUCAAGGCCAAUCAGCUGACCCGUGCGGUUAGUGCCACAAGGACCUCUGGAUCAAGCCUCUACCUGCUUUGGAGUGCGGGCCCGGGGUUGAUGCGCCAUUGAGGGUUGGCCUGAUCAAGUGUUUGGCUACUUGCUCCACCCCAGCCUCAGCUCACGCAUGUGUGGCCUUUGAGCGCCGAUGAAAUGGUUGAUUCUCGUGACCAAGACCAAGCUCGACCACCUGUACAGCAAGAGCAAGAGCCCCGUCAAUGUGCUAAGCCUGGGAGUCCACAAUCCACUGGUCUAUAUCCCAAAGUGACAUCCACGAGAGGUCUUCACAGAGUCACAAUGUGCAGCAGGAACAAUCAGUAUAUGGGGAAGGUCAUUGUAGCACCCAUGGUGAGAGUGUGCACGCUGCCCUUUAGACUCCUCACCAUUGAUUAUGGCACCGAUCUGGUCUACACUGAAGAAACAGUAGAUUAUAAGAUAUUACGUUCUGUCAAAAGAUACAAUGAAGUGUUGGGCACCACUGAUUUCAUUGAUAAGUCAGAUGGAACGGUAUUUUUCCGGACUUGUGAAAAAGAACGAAAUAAAGUAAUAUUCCAGAUUGGCACAAAUGAUGCCCAAAGAGCACUCAAAGUAGGGAAGAUAGUGGAACCAUAUGUGGCAGGCGUGGACGUCAACAUGGGGUGCCCCAAGGAGUUCAGUCUCAAGGGAGGAAUGGGAGCAGCACUUCUUUCUCAGCCAGAGAAGGUCAAAUCUAUACUGACAACACUUGUUCAAGGCCUCAGCAUACCAGUAACUUGCAAGAUCAGAAUUUUGAACUCGCUGCCAGAAACUCUCCAACUUUGCAAGAUGAUUGAGCAGUGUGGGGUUGCAGCCCUUUGUGUCCAUGGCCGCACAAGACAGGAAAGACCUCGCCAUCCUAACCAUAAUGACGUAAUAAGAGAGAUAGCAAAGGCUCUCACGAUACCAGUAAUUGCAAAUGGUGGCUCUAGAGAAAUAUCAAGUCACCAAGACAUUGAGAAAUUCCGACAAGAUACAGGAGCAUCCAGCGUGAUGAUUGCCAGGGCAGCCAUGUGGAACUGCUCCAUCCUGAGACCUGAUGGAUACCUACCUCUGGACACUGUGAUUGAAAAAUAUUUAAGAUACUGCAUUGACUAUGACAACCCCUUCACAUACAGUAAAUACGCUGUCCAGAACAUGCUGCGGGAACUUCAGAACACACCUCGUGGGAAAGCUUUCUUAGAAACUCAGACCCUACAAGAAAUAAGUAUAAUUUGGGGCCUUGAAGACUAUUUCAAGAAACAACUGGCCAAACAGAAUGAGGGAAGAAAAUCUCUGAAUUUUGAAUUGAAAGAGGGCAAAACAGCAAUGCCUCCCAGUGCUGACCAUGUAAAGAUAGUGGAACGGGAAGAAAAUGGACAAAAAGUUGUGGAAAUGCCCAUCCAAUUCAUACGAGGAAAUUAUAACAAUGCUGACCUACCUAAGAUGCUCUUAAAUACACAUGUGUAUCGGAACCAGUUGAAAGGACCCACGUACAGUCAUGUUGUAGUUGACAAGUUCUUCAGUGCAUCAGUUACCGUUGAUGGUGUCCGAUAUGCCUCCACACUCAGAGAGAAAAGCAAGAGGUAUUCAGAACAAGGUGCGGCCAUUGUCUAUCUGCAUGCAGUGGGAGCAGUUGGAAAGACAUAUGGUUUUGUUCCUCCAGAAGGUGCCAGGAAAUAUCUCACUGUGAUUUCCAAAGGGAUACCAGAAGGCGAUGCCAUAGCAAAGAGAAGUGUAGAAACUGAAGACGCAAGGCCAGAGAAACAAGAUGUGGAUUGUAAGAAGAGAAAGUCUGAGAGUGACUUCCCUUCAAAUGACUUGAAUCCUCCUAAGAACUCUCAAGAAUCAGAACAUUCAAAAGAGACUUGACAGAGCUACAAUAAAAAUAGUUUUAAACCUUAUUCAAUCAUUAUUGUAUGUACAUCACAAUUCAUUCAGGGAUGCUAUUUCUCCACAGUAUUUUUCACCAUUAAUUUUUUAAGCCCGAUAUUAUUAAGUAACAUCUGCUGUGAUCUCACUUCGUGGAUUAAGUCAGCUUCAAUUGCUCAGGGAAACUACUUUAUUAACACUUUAACAAAGCUUAAAAUUGAUGUGGACUGUAAGUCAUGAUGAUAAGGAUAUUGUGCAAAAGUAAAUUAACAGAGCAAUUUAAUUUAUAGGAUAUGAAAUCAUGAAUAGAUGCCAUGAUAAUGAGCUGCAGUAGAGGGAUAUGGUGUGUGAAGAUAGGAUGAAGAAAAAAAUUAAAAUAUGUAGCAGCAAAGGGAGUGGAUUGAAUGGGUGAAAUAUGAUAGUUUUGGACAUUUGAUAAGAAUAAAUGAGGAUGACUUUGUGAAGAGUGUAAGAGAGAGCUAUGAGGGUGGACAUCGUCAGGUUGUGAGGAGGGAGUGAAAAGAACUGAGUUUUGUCGAUAUAUUGGCCUAUUACAGUAUACUUAUGUGUCCUUUGUCCUGUUACUGCUACUGUUAACUACAAUUAACAUGACCUCUGCUAAUGCCACCCUGUUGAGGACAGUUCCCAUGAUUAGACACAUUGAAAAAUACAAAAAGCUGAAAAGUAUAAGCAGCAAAAGGGGGAAGCAGUAUUAAUUAACACUGGACAUUUUGAAACAGCUUAACCUGUCAUGUUGUCUUGACACAUGAAAACUUAUUGAUGAACUUUGCAUAUCUCAUAUCUACUUUCUCCAGGUAUCCGUUUAUCGACCGGCCUGAAAGUCAUAAUUAACAGCUGAGUGGGCUGCACACUGAUUAUCCGGGCUGGGAUUCAAACCUGGGCCCAUAUAUUUCAAGCAGGCAUGCUGACCACUUCACCACACAGGUGCUUCACCAUAUAAUCAUAUAUAGAAUCAUUGUAAAUAUCCAUCCAUCCAAUACACACAAAUUGUCGUGUUGUUAUUUUCAGUGUCAUUAAUUCCCCAAAAUAAUAUUUUUACAGAGAAAUUACCAUAUCUUAAUAAUGGAAAUUAUCAUGUAAACUACAUAUUAAUUACUGGGAAAAAAUGUAGAGAAAAAUAAAAUGACAGUGGCAAUACAUAAAUA